CCAACCUGUUCCAAUGUCAGCGCCAUUCUUUGCUUCUUUUCGACGCAUGUUUUUUACUUUUAACAUACACUUUAAACUAGAAUAAGGAUUGAAUUGAUUUAUAUGACGGCAUGCCAGGCCCCAAUUCGUCUUCCGUGGAAAAUCCACGUGGCAUUCUAGAUCCCCAAACGCGCGAGGAUACGACAAAUCUCCCGUCUUUCUAUUCCCCGCGGUCACGGCCGCUUCGGGAAGACGAAGGAAGCCCUGUCGCACCUAGGUUAGACCAGGAUGAACUAUCCCUCUCCUCUCUAGUCCCUCCAUCCACCUCAAAUCAAGCUUCAACACCAACGGACGACGCAAGCCGGCCGCCGCCACCCUCACUUCUCUCUCCCGCCUUUACACCUCCUGCUACCCCAGGCAAUGCGACGCCCACGCCCCUAGCCGAACAACAGCCUCGCGGCGUUCCUGUUGACUCUUCUAUCCCAUCUGGUGGUUGUGGUACUAAGCGACCAAAGCUUCUCGAGACGCUACCUGAGGUUCAAUGCAUCGUGCGCGCUCGCAUCCCAACAGUCUCCGGAACCGAAAUGUUCUUACAUCUAUACACUAAUAAUGUCGAUAACAAGGAGCAUCUUGCGAUAGUGUUUGGCCCGCAUAUCCGAAGCAGGUCUUUGGAUGCGCCAAGGGAUGGAGAGACGGAGAUGGACCGUAUGGUGAGGGGCGCAUACACCGGUCGCCUUUAUCCAGGAAGGACGAAAAGCGGUAUGGUGGGCGGUUCGUCUUCUACCGAAGAUGACCUGGCAGAGGAAGUUCCACCCCCUAAUGGACCACCUCUUGUUCGGAUACAUUCAGAAUGCUAUACCGGUGAGACGGCGUGGUCUGCGCGUUGCGACUGCGGUGAGCAGCUAGACGAGGCUGCGCGACUUAUGUCGUUGCCUACUGCCGUCAAUGGGGGGAUUGUCAUCUAUUUACGGCAAGAAGGGCGCGGUAUUGGCCUUGGCGAGAAGUUAAAGGCGUAUAACUUGCAAGACUUAGGGUCCGAUACGGUGGAGGCAAAUCUGCUUUUACGGCAUCCGGCAGAUGCGCGGAGCUACGGGUUGGCGACUGCGAUGCUCCUUGAUCUGGGGCAAGAGGAGAUUCGGCUGCUAACUAACAACCCGGACAAGAUUAGAGCUGUCGAAGGACCGAAUAGGGAAAUCAGAGUAACGGAGCGCGUCGCAAUGGUGCCGCUAAGCUGGAAGGGCAAGGGGGGUUUUAGGAGUCGAGAGGUAGAGGGCUAUCUGAAAACAAAGAUCGAGAAGAUGGGACAUAUGCUGGAUAUGGGUACCCUACCGCCUUGAUGCGCAUGUACACCAUUAUGUGCUUAUCCUAAAAAGCUCGGCAUCCUGGUAUUUUCAAAAAUCAUAGAACGACAUUGUAGAUUUUCAGGUUUAUGCGAUAUAUAUCGUGAAGAGUAAGAUCAUAUCAAGUACCUAGGCUCGCGUUUAGGUUGCUAGAAAAUUUGGAAAGCUUCAUUAUUUUAUAGCUAUCAUUUAUCUUAUAUGGUGUAACUGUCGUCUGAACAAUUACGCUUUUUAUAAGGGGUAAAUUUAUAGUAUAUCGAACAUCAUUACCUGCC